CUCACAUUGAAGUCAACAAUUUCAUUCGAGGCCUUUUGGGCGAACUAUACAUUUUAGUUUUUAACGUAGUUGAGAGAGGAAACAAAUAAAACCCAUGCACGUCGAACCGCGCAGGCUGGAAUGGGCUCUGCUCUGCUCACUGGGCCGAAAUCGAUGGCUUACUAUACAUACAACCCAACCCAUAUGGCCUUGACGCCUUGUUUCUUCUUGUCGUACAGGCAGAGAGAGGCGAGAAAUUAGAGAGAAACGCACUAACUAACUAACCUAACUACUUAUCUAGUUCGUUAUAUGAUCAUCAUCACCAUUACUUAAUCAUUUACCUGUUUAAUUAUACACUUCCUUUUACAAAACUGUAAAGUUAAUGUAGUCAAUAUCCAGAUUCUGUCUCAACCCAAAUGGGCAUUAACUAAUUUCAACCAACCAAAGAGCUGAAACUAACAAACAAAAGAGAGAAAGAAAACAUAGAUAUUAUAAUGAAGCUAGCUGACAAUUAAUGGGGUUGGAGGGCCGCCCUUCUUUAGAUCUUACCUCUCAGGCCUUACUCCUCAAUCCCAUGCACUGCAAUCCACCACUAAUCAAUGAUCAAAUCCCCCUAAUCACAUACAGCCAAAAAAUUAUGGACUAAAACCGCUAAUCCUCCCCGCUGUUUUGGAAACCUGGGGAAAAGUAAAAAACUGGAGCCAUGGAUGCGGACAGCAAAGUUACUCAAAACCACCCCAUAACUCAGUCAAACCUAAACAUUUCAAUCCAAUGGCGGGUUGAGGAAUGAGGCUAGCUAGAUGCUUUUGUUCCCUUAAUCACUGCACAAACCGAAAUUUUAUCAUUGUUCGAGUUCGUUGAACCUCUGUUAAAUCGAAUCUAUAUAUUGUUGUUAGUCCUGCGAAUAAGAGCUUAGGUUAAUAGUAAACCAAAAUUAGAAAAUUUAAGAAAUUUAGAAGUUAGGUCUGAUCUAAAAUUAGUUUUUCGUUGUUGGUAAAAAUGAGUUAUUCUUUGCGAAGGAAGGAACAUUUUUCUUGUUAAGGAAAAUAAUAAUAAUAAUUUUUUUUAAAGAAGAUGGAAGUAUAAUUGAGGACUCAUUUUUCAGACUUUUCUUUGUCGAUUAGAAUGAGAGUGACAAAGAGAUCGAUUCAUCGUUUCAUUGUUUUGCAUACACGCGCUUAAACUCACUUUCUCUCCCAGCCCUCAUCUCUGAAAUGGUCAAAGUCUCCCGUUCCCUCCUUCUCUGUGUGUCUUUCUCUGUGUACAUCGAUGUAUAUAAACUUCCUUCCUUCCCCCCUCCAUUUGUUAACAACUCACAAGCAUUUUUGCAGUGUGUAAUGUUUGAAGGAGCUCGAUUAGAGCCGGAGCUAUAGCCUUGCAAUUUGCUUGUCAGGCUUUGAUCGAUUGGGUGGUUGUCAGGAAAGCAAUUGAAUUAGUUGAUCCGUCGGAAAAGUUUGAGAAAUGGCCGGCGGGAGCAACAUGGAGCGGACUUUGGAGGAGACGCCCACUUGGGCUGUCGCCGCCGUGUGCUUUGUGCUGGUCGUCAUUUCCAUCUUCAUCGAACAGCUGAUCCAUCUCGCCCACAAGUGGCUGCAUAAGUUGCACAAGCCAGCUCUAGUGGAAGCGCUGGAGAAAGUGAAAGCGGAGCUGAUGCUGUUGGGUUUCCUGUCGUUGCUGCUCACAGUGUUCCAAAGCCCAAUCUCGAGUAUUUGCGUCUCCGAAAGCAUUGGAGCUACCUGGCAUCCUUGCACCAAGAAACAAGAGAAAUCAGAGGAUUCAGGGGACGGCGACGAGGACCGCCGCCGCCGUCUUCUCCAGUUUCUGGAUCCUGAAGUGAGCGUUAGGCGAAUCUUAGCCACCAAAGGCGUUGACAAGUGUACAGAGAAGGGAAAAGUAGCGUUUGUGUCGGCCUAUGGUAUCCAUCAGCUGCAUAUAUUUAUCUUCGUGCUGGCAGUUUUCCACAUCCUUUACUGCAUCCUCACCUAUGCACUGGGCAGAACCAAGAUGAGAAAGUGGAGGCAAUGGGAGGAUGAGACCAAGACACUUGAGUAUCAGUACCAUAAUGAUCCUGAGAGAUUUAGGUUUGCAAGGGAUACAUCUUUUGGGCGUCGCCACUUGAAACUAUGGAGCAAGUCCACAAUUCUUCUUUGGAUUGUCUGCUUCUUCAGACAGUUCUUUAGGUCAGUGACCAAGGUGGAUUACAUGACCCUGAGACAUGGGUUUAUCGCGGCACAUUUGGCACCUGGGAGUCAGAGCAGAUUCGACUUCCAGAAAUACGUCAACAGAUCACUUGAGGACGACUUCAAAGUUGUUGUAGGGAUCAGUCCGGUUCUGUGGUUUUUUGCAGUGCUGUUCCUGAUGUCCAACACACAUGGAUGGUUUGCUUAUCUCUGGCUACCCUUCAUUCCACUAAUUAUAAUCCUGGUGGUGGGAGUAAAGCUUCAAGUGAUCAUAACCCAGCUGGGACUCAGAAUUCAGGACAGAGGCGAUGUGGUUAAAGGAGCACCUGUGGUUCAACCAGGAGAUGACCUCUUCUGGUUUAGCAGCCCUCGCCUCAUUCUCUCCCUCAUCCAUUUCUGCCUCUUCCAGAAUGCAUUCCAGCUCGCCUUCUUCAUUUGGAGUGUGUAUGAAUUCGGAAUCAAAACUUGCUUCCACGAGAAGACCGAGGACAUUGUCAUCCGAAUCUCUAUGGGGGUGAUGAUUCAAGUGCUGUGCAGUUACGUGACCCUGCCGCUGUACGCACUGGUCACACAAAUGGGUUCCACCAUGAGGCCCACAAUCUUCAACGACCGAGUGGCGACGGCGCUCAAGAACUGGCACCGGACGGCCAGGAGGCAGACAAGACACGGCGGCACACCGACGUCCAGCCGGCCCCAGACGCCGAGCCACGGCAUGUCCCCUGUCCACCUCCUCCACAACUACCGGAGCAGCACGGCCCCCGACAGCCUCAUGAACUCUCCGGCGAGAAACUCCAACUUCGACGCUGAUCAGUGGGACCCGGAGGCGCUGAACUCGCCGGUUCACCAUAACUACAGCAGCCACGGCGGCAGUGGAAGCGGCGCCGGCGGGCACCGGGAGUACUCCGAGGAUCAGUUCCAGCACAACAUGAGCUUGAGGCAGCCGAAGCAGCAGCAGGCGGCGGAGGAGGAGGGGGACGAGGAUGUGGUGGUGGCGGUGAGGAAUAUAGAGCAGGUGGUGGUGGCGGCGGAGGAGAUGCGGCUGCCGCCGGGGCCCGGAUCGAUCAGGACGCAGCAUGAGAUGAACAUUGGGUUGUCGGAUUUCACGUUCAGGAAAGGGUAGAGAGAUAAGAGCUGCUUGUUCAAAUCUUUUUGUUAUUUUGUUCUUUGGGGAUCGGAUUUUCUCAAUUUUUCGGUUUGCAGUUGGAGGGGAAUGUACAUUCUGUUGUACAUGAUGAUAGAAUCGAAAGCAUGUGAUGUAUAGAAUUGUUGUACCGAAGAAGUAAGAGCAAGGAAGAAACCCAGCCAGAUUUCUCAUUUUAUUUUCUGUUUUCAUUCCAUAAAUUUGGCAACCGAAACGACGAACCUUGUUUACUUUUUAUUCUGUUUUCUAUUCGUUUCCAACUAUGAAAACAGAAAGUGACAACUUCCUGCUGUUUUCGGAAACGACAAAAUGUUGUUUUCACCUGUUUUCAACAUCUAUUUUUUCGGAAACAGGAAACAAAAAUGAAAGUAAACAGACCCUUAGCUUUCAAACUGAGGAAUCUGGGUAGAAAGGAAGUCUAACUAAUAACAAAAAUUAGAAAAAUAUUGAUUUUAUGAGUUAUUCAAAAUUUAAAAAAUAUUGUUCAACUCAUAGCAUAUCAAUCUAGUACUGCUGUUAAAAAAUAAAAAUUUGAUCAAUAUCAUAAUAACCUUGGUAUAUUGCAUGUUAAUCUAACUACAUAAUAGUGGCUUAUAUAAAUUUCCCAUAUAAGUUGACUUAUGACGAAUUUGCCAUUCAAAUAAUUAAAUUACUUCUAGGUAAACCAAGGCGAGGUUGGAGGGCAUAUCUUCGCAACCUAUGAAUGGAAAUUGGUACGAUGACAGUAUCUCGAUAUGGUACUAAGUAUCGAUAUUUCAAAUAUCGAAUAAUAUUUGAAAAUUUAUUUCAAUCUAUAAAUAAAUUCGGGCUUCCAAUUUUCCAAUUUUUUUGGAUACGAUAUCUUUAUUCCUGAAUAUUAAAUUAAUCAUUUUGCAAUUAAAAAUUAAAUAUAUAAAUAAUUCUUCGAACACCUAUAAUGUGAGUAUUUUUAAUGGUUUUAAUUUCAUGAUUUAAAAGCUUGGUGAUGAGAAAUUGAGGUUAGAAAAGCCUAAUUGAAGUACACGUAUGGAUUCAAUAUAAGCUCCCAUUUGAGGCUAAGAGACUAGGCAAACUGUAUUGUGUUUGUUUAGAGCUAAAACAAAAGAGAAAGAAAAAGGAGGAAAUGGUGAAUUGGUGAUAUGUCAAUUCCUCGUCAAUGGUAAUCACGGGUUCGACGGUUUUUGGAGGCUAGGAGAUGACUAAGGAGAAUAUUCGUUUUUAUUUUUUUAAAUUUAACAAGAGAUUGAGUGAGAACAAGAGUGGCCUAGAAAAUAAGAAAAACCAACCCUGGUUAGGUGGGAAUUGGGGGCUUGUGCGUUGUCAAAAAAUGAGAACCAAGACCAAAGGUAAGAUAGUCUAAUGGUAAAGUUGCCACGAUAGUGAAGGUUUGAGAAGUGCAGAUCCCAGAUUUGAAUCCAAGCGAGACCCGUUGGAGUUCCCGGAGGUAUAAGGCUGCCGGAGACGAAACCCGGUUGACGUCGAAUUUGAUUGCAAGUGGCCCCCAGGUUUAGUAGGACCCGCUGUCACAAAAUAACACGUGGGGCUGAGGUUCUUAGGUAAUAUAAAAAAAAGAACCAAGUAGAAGUUGUGGCUAUAUUUAAUUAACUAUAAAUAUUUGAUACUUUUUCGAUAUUUCAAUCCACAAUGCUGAAUAAUUUACAAAACCAAUUUCAAUAAAAAUAAUAAUUUGAU